UCUCUCGUCCUUCACACUCUUCCUUAGACCUAACGCUUCCCCAACCGCCCACGUUCGAAUCCAACCCCACACGAACACAUGCUCCUGCUCUUACUCCCACACUCGAUCACCCCUUUAUAUAGAUCCCCAGAACUCUCAUUUCCUCACAAACCCAAACCCUCUCAGCAAAAAUGUUCACAGCUCCAGUUCUCGAACAGAUGCUUCACUAUCAGUCCGGACCACUGAUCAUGAACCAAAAGCCGUCGUGGAAGCCCCACGUUGAGGUCGCUCCCAACUGCCCCCGGUGCGCGUCUUCCAACACCAAGUUCUGCUACUACAACAACUACAGCCUCUCACAGCCUCGCUACUUCUGCAAAGGCUGCCGGAGAUACUGGACCAAAGGCGGGUCCUUGAGGAACGUUCCCGUCGGGGGUGGUUGUAGAAAGACCCGACGGGGAAGGUCGGUCAGGCUCUCACAGAGUGACCGGAUGACUUUCUAUCCUCACAACAGCUCGAGUAGUAGUGGUGAUGAUCUUUCUGAGCAGCACUCCAAGGAAGGAGCCAACGGAUCGGAUAUCGACAUGGCUGCUGUAUUUGCUACGUUCUUGAACCAAAACUCUGGCAACGAACACGUUCCCAAUUUUGGUGGAUCAGAUUCGAUUCCUGAUGAUCAUGAGGCAAAUGCUCUAUCUGAUCACUCCCAAAUUUCUUCGUACCCCACAGAAGAUCUUCAUGAAUCAGUUGAGCUACUUCAGGGACUCGUACUUCCUGAUAUCGAUCAUCAACAGUUACAUGAAGAGAAUAGUAUUCAGAACAUUAUGGGAAAUCAAUACCACCAUGAUUUGAGUAUUCAAGAAUUUGGGUUGCAGGAUCUGCUAGGCGAUGAGGAUGUGUUUUGGUCUGAUACAACAGCAAGUCUGACAAGUAGUACUACUAGUUUCACGUGGCAAGAGUUAGAUAAUUCAUUCCCAUCCGAUGAUGAUGAUCAUAUGAAGAUGUUGACCACCACAACGAAUCUAUGUAGUGAUAACUGGAGCUCCUUUGAUUUUUCAGGCUUGGAAGUUUUCUCAAGAUCUUAAACAAUUAGUUAAUUAGAUGCAAAUUACAAGCAUUUAAUUAAUUGGUUAUUGAUCCCUUUCAUUUUUACAAUUUUGUACGUCUUCUACAUAUACACAGCUAGGAGCUUAGAACUGGUGCAAAGUACCAUGGAGAAAUAAUAUCCUGGAA